AUGAGCGAAUUGAAACUACACAAGCCGCAGCGCAAGCAAGUGCGCACGCGCAGCGUGAAGAGCCUGCGCACGCCGAACCUCAUCUGCUAUGAGCACGUGCUCAAGGCCAACGCCGCGCGCAUGCGGUCGCGCGCCGAGCGUCUGGGUUGCGAGCUGCGGCCGCACUUCAAGACCGUGAAGACGCUCGGCGCGGCGACGAUCGCGACGGGCGGCACGAAGCGAAAGCUCACGGUCAGCACGCUCGCCGAGGCCUUCUUCCUCGAGGCCGGCGGCUUCGACGACAUCGUCUACGCCGUGCCGCUCACGCCCGACAAGAUCGACGACGUCGAAGAUCUGUCGUGUCGGCUCGAAAAGUUCUACGUCAUGGUCGACCACAUGGACCAGGUGACGCCGCUCCUGGAGAGGAUGGAGGGGGAACCGGUGGUGAAGGUGCUCGUGGGCGUCGAUUGCGGCUACCACCGCGACGGCGUCGAUCCGGACGAUCCGGAGUCGCUGAAACUCGUGGAGGCCAUCGUCGCCUGCGAGGACCUCGAGUUCGCGGGGUUGUACACGCACGGGGGCCACAGCUACGACUGCGCGUCCGUCGAGGACGUGCGCGCGAUCGCGCGGGCCGAGCGCGACAACACCGUCGCGUUCGCCGACAAGGUGCGGCGGGCGGGCUUCGCGGUGCCCUGCGUGGGCGUCGGCAGCACGCCGACGUGCUCGAACCCGCCGGAGCACCUCGACGGCGUCGACGAGAUGCACCCGGGGAACUUUCUGUACUACGACACGACGCAGCUGAGGCUCGGGUCCUGCGCGUCCGUGGACGACGUCGCCGUGCGCGUCAUCACGCGCGUCGUGGGCCACUACAAGAGGUCGAACAUCUUGCUCAUCGACGCGGGCUGGACGGGCCUGUCGGCCCAGGGCAAGGAGUGCGGCUACGGCGCGAUCCCGAAGCACCCGGAGCUCGCGAUCGUCACGCUGAAGCAGGAGUGCGGCGAGAUCACGACGCGCGACGGGAGCCCGCUGAACUUCGAAUCCUACCCCAUCGGCACGAUCCUCGAGGUCGCGCCCCACCACUCCUGCGCCGCGACCCACCAGCACGCGGAGUGCCACGUCGUUCGCGAUGAAUUCAGCGGGCUCAUUCUGGACUCGUGGCCCAUCUGCAAGGGCUGGUAA